CUCGGGUAUGCACUCAGAUUAAAUUUCUGAGAAACCAAUGUUUCUCGUCUUGGUUGUUUCUUCCUUUUCUUUCCAUCCUCCCUAUUGUCGACUGACACCUCCUUCCAAUGUUUCCGUCCCCCGUUGGUAUCUACCUAGAUACAGUUAACUUCCGAGGUCGUACAAUUGAUUAUCUUUAUCGUAUAUGUACAUCGAGUAGCGGUAUCGUUGUAUCCGUCGGUAGCGUCCCGCCAACCUGAAAGGUUUAAACUACCACCUCGAGGUACUUUUAGUUCAGUCGCAGCUGUCCGUUGGGCCUUGGAUAGGCUUGCUUCUUUAUAAGUGGAGACCUCCUGCCCAAGCCAUCAUAUAUGCACACCAAACAUGGGUUCGUAAUACCGAAUAAUUAUCUCUUUAAACUAUGCACAACGCGACUUUCCUCCCUCAUACAUCCAACUCACAACAGCCUCCAGUCACACGCGCUCCUAGCUCCUACCGCCAAUCGACGACAAUCAAGCCCGGUUUGAAAAGGUUAUCCUCUACUGAAUCUCUAACGUCAAUUGGAUCCAGGACGACGAGUAAGGGUCCGGGAACAAGCAAGGGCGCAGGAUUCGGUGCGAGCACACGGACAGGGGCAAAGACAAGACCGACAAUAAUUACUACCACAACCGCCACAAUCGCCAAGACUGCCAUAACAACAACUGCUUCAUCGACACCCGCGUCUUCGAGAGCAGUCCUCAGGAGACGAGACCAAAAUGCUGGAACUGUUACAGGGCUACCUCUGAAGGAGCUAGGAACAGGAAACAUGCCCUACGACGCACCUUCAUCUCCACCUCCACCGUCAAAUGCGAACGCGACUAGACCGCAGAUGCCGUCGCUCAGCGCCGCCGCCGCAAGGGCCGUAAACAGGAACCCUCUGACACCCAAGAUCGCCUCUAAGACACAGCAGGCACCCACCUUGACAACGCCUGCGAACCGGCGUCAGCAGCAUCCUACUCUGGUUACCGCUAGCCGAGAAACCCCAUCUAACCGGUCAGUCUACGUCGAGGAUUCCUCGUUCGCUCCUCUUCUAAACAGCAACGUCACCCCUCGUUCUGGCUCGAGACAAAAUCGUGUUGACAGUGCUAAUAGCACACCGAGUGGUACUCCGAACCCGGACCGGUCAGAAGCCUGGGAUCCUAGGUCGAGUUUCUGUCUACCGAGCCCGAGACUCGACGGAGACGCAAUGAGGAGGUCGGGCGCUUCCUUUAGCUCCAUCUCGCCAGAUGCGGGUGGGUAUGGAAGAAACGAUGCACCUCAUAGUUCGGAAUCCAAAUUCUUCCAUGCAAGCGACGUAAAGACUUCUCGCCCAACAUCUUCCUCCAAGAUAGUCCAGGCUAAAGGACCAACAUUUUUCUAUGCCAAUGGAAACACGAUAGAGAACAAUAAGCCUACUUCGCCAACUUCAUUCACACCUAGUCUUGGCCAUUCGCAAGACAACAUUUCUAGCAAAUUUAUGUAUGCCAAUGGGACCCCAGAGAUGCGACAUACUCCGACGCCUCCGAUCUCCCGUAGCUCGGGUUCGGCAGUGUCGGUAGCUCCUAAAGCACCUACUAGUCGCCCGGCAACGAAUCCCCCGGGCGCCAGCCACGCUCUUGCACAGAGACCCAACUCUCCAGCGAAGUUGCCAUCUCAGGUCCCACAGACAUCCGCCAAGCCCAACCAUGCAGGCCGCCCGCAGGUUCUUUCUACGCCCCAGUUAGGGCCGUCUCCUGGGCUCCGCCGAUCUAGUACCGGCACGUCGCGGCCAGGCGGACAUUCUCGCACUGGAAGUUUAGUGAAAGGAGACCAGUUUUCUAGCACCCCGAAGCUGAUGAGCGCUCACGUGUCGCCGGAGGCAUCUCCCCCCAUAACUGUCCCUUCCACACCCGCUCCUCUGACUUUGGCUUCGAUCAUACAAGCAGCCGAGGAUUUCGCAGAGAACGAAGAGACCGAAACCCCCGAUGAGAUUGGAUCUGGUCUGCAAAGCCCCACUAAGUCGGUUCAUUCCACAGAACCGAUCAAUGAAUUAGUUGCAAACGCGAGACGUGAGCGCAAAGUUCAGGACUUACAGAUUACAAAUGCAUCUCUGGAAGCUAUCAACAGGACCCUAGAGCGUCAACUACGGAAGCAGACGACAGAACUGAGAAGAUUUCGACGUUUGUCGCGUGCUGGUCGGCUAUCCUUGCCAUCUAACAUGCCUAGCCGAACAUCUUUGGAUGCCUUUUCGGAACACGCGAUUGGAACAAUGGACCUUUCUGAUCUUGACGAACAAUCUGAAGUUGAAAAAGAAGAGAAAGAGAGAAAAGAGCACGAAGAAGAUGGUGAAGAAGAGUCAUCUUUGGAAAGUGAUUCAGCAUCUGGAUCUCUCAGCCCGAGUGUAGUCGCAGAACAUGACGCAAAGCAUAGGAGACGGGAUGAGGAACGACUACAAGUCGACUUGUCUAAGCAUCAGCAGCUACUCAUCGACUCGCAGAAGAUAAAUCAGAGCAUCAAAAGGUGUCUCGACUGGACGGAGGAGCUCAUCAGCGAAGGCAAAAAGGCUCUUGAGUAUCAUGUCAGGGCCAGUGAUGUGGAAUUAGGCGGAAGAGUGCUAGUGGUAGACCCGUUAGAUGAUGACGACCGGCCCCUAACCUCGGACGGUUCUCGCGAUGAUACUUCUUCCAUGCUCGAUGAAAUACUCGACGAGAAAUCUCUAGAAGGUGCAGGAAGGUUAGCAGGUUGGAACUUUGAGCGGCAGGAUAGGGACAGCGGCAUAGAACUCCCUGCGGACGGAGGCUAGAGUUGGAGGUUGUGAGGGGUUCGCAGCUCAAAUCACUAAUUUUCUUACGACAGAUAUAUAUCUUUCUACUUUGGAUACGAUUCGUUUACAGCAUUUAAGACACCAACUGCGGCGGCUUCGGGUUUGCAAUCACCGUACGAAGCUGCUACAUUCUUCAUUGGAUUCCACAAUCAUCACCGAAUUUUCUUUGUAUUGACUGUAACAUCAAUGGAUACCCCCAAAAAAUCAUCACGGAAAGGCGCAGGGUCGGUAGACCAAUCUCCACACCACUUUGACAGAAACCAAAUUUCCUACCAGAGUCUCACAAUGAUACCCCAGAAUAAUGAAUCAGGAAGCCGAAGAGUACACACGCCCAACAUAGAAAAUGGAAGGGUAGACACCUAAAGAAAGGUGAACGCGAGUUCUAUCAGGAGCUAUAUAUAUAUUUUUGGUGAUAUAUACAUACGCCGACUGCACGAAGGGAUUGCCUUCAGGGGUGUAUGGAAUAGAGGCUACCCACCAAAGUACUCGAAUGAAUCAGGUCGGCGAAUUGAUCACAGUCUAGCAUGCAUGAGACUCUACGUGGCACUUAAUGCUUCAACAAGGCAACAUAAUACAAUUCAAACUAUUCUAUAAAU